AGCUCAAGGCCGCCGGUACCAAGCGGGGUGGCCCGGAGUUGAGUGAAAUACAGCUACCGAAUACCGCCAUCACUUCCAGAGGAUUGAAAACAUGCAGCUGUAGACCAAGGAGGGGUAGAUCUCUUGAUCUUUGUCUCAUUCUCACGACCCUAUACAUCGCCCUCGGAAGCGGAAGAUGGAUGGAUGGAUUCACCGCAUAGGUCCCUGUGCGGAACGGCGGAGCUCUGUACCUACACACACUGGCCUAGUACGGUGUAUGCUACAGACAAUGAGCGAACACCUCCAGUGCACUCGAAAUACACUAGGGUCAUCGUCUCGUGCAAUAGCUUUGUUGAAUGGGUUGAUUUCGUACAUGAGAUCGGGUGCGCGGAUGAUGCAUGAUGGUCGAAAAGGGGCCGCGCAUGGUGGAUGGAUGGAUGAGAGGAGUCAGCGUCAGAGAUCGCAUUUGCAGAACGGCAGCAUCGAAGCCUGGAGACCCCUUCGCAGUCGGGACUCUGUACUAUUGAACAGGCCAAAAGUUCUUUUCGCAUUGGGAUGUUUUCCUUGUGCGCGCAAGACAGCAGGCAUAGGUGACGGUCACUACACAAAGAUAGCCCUGUGCCAUGCCAUUUCGAGGAUAUAGAUGUGCAUUUCUAAAUGCAUAUUCUUGAAAUCAACAGCCCGGGGCCCGAGCCCAGACUUGCCUGAGCCUGCCGGGCUCCAAAAGACCGAGGCCGGGUACUCGGGCUUGUAGGCCUUGAGCCCGAGCCCGCCCAACACUACUCAAGUAUAUACAUCACACUAUUCUCAUAGUGCUUGUCCACUCCCGCCAUGGAGACAUCGGGCAAGAUCACUUGGAAAGUCGACCAGGACACGGUGCAGACCGCGUACUGGGUCUACGGCGACCUCAGCACCGCCGCGAUCCCGCUGAUCGUGCUGCACGGCGGCCCGGGCUCCCCUCACGGCUACGUCCAGCCCCUCGCCCAGCUCGCACAGCGCGGGCCGCACAGCGCGGUGAUCAUGUACGACCAGCUCGGCUGCGGCCAGUCGACGCACCUCGCGCACAAGCCGGCCACGUUCUGGACCGUCGAGCUCUUCAUGGACGAGCUCGAGCACGUACUCGCGCACUUUGGCAUCAGCGGCGACACCCGGUUCGCGCUGCUCGGGCACUCGUGGGGCGGCAUGCUCGCCGCGACGUACGCCGCGCGCCGCCGGCCCGCGAACCUGCAUCGCCUCGUCAUCUCCGACUCGCCGGCGUCGAUGGCGCUGUGGGUCGAGGGCUGCGCCCAGCUGCUGGCCCAGUUCCCUGCGGGCUUCCGCGCGCUGUUGGCCAGCCACGAGGCGGCCGGGACGACCGAGAGCAAGGAGUACCAGGACGCGCUCCAGGUGUUCUACAAAAAGCACCUGUGCCGACUGGAGGUAUGGCCCGAGACCGUGGAGCAGUCGUUUGCGGAACUUGCGAAGGAUCCGACGGUGUAUAUGACGAUGAAUGGGCCAUCGGAGUUCACGAUCACGGGCUCGCUGAAGACCUGGACCAUCGUCGACGAGCUGCACCACAUCACCGCCCCGACGCUCUUGCUCAACGGCCGCUUCGACGAGGCACGCAACCUCGCAGUCGCGCCGUUCUUCACGCACAUCCGUGGCCCCGUCAAGUGGGUCGAGUUCGCGGAGAGCAGCCACAUGCCAUUCUACGAGGAACAGGAGCGCUAUCUCGAGGUCGUCGCAGAGUUCCUGGCCCAGUAGGUUCCGUAGCUAGCAGGUCCAAUGAGAAGUGCACUUUGAUGCCGAUCAAUGACUUUCCAUGAUCUCAUCAGGAAACCUAAGUACUGCGGCAGCCUGCAGGUCAGCGCAGGUCAGAUCCGCAUUCGUCCGGCAAACACCUGCGAUCGUUCCUGAUCAACCAGCACCCUGUCCGUCUCAGGUGCCCUUACUGCACCGCUCAAGCAGCGUCUACAUAGCACAAUCUGUUCACACUUGGCGGCCACAUCGGAACUGAGGCAGAAACCUACGACGCAAAACCGUUCUGCUUCUUCUCGCUCGCAAGAACACGUCCAACCAAGAGAUGCCCGCCGCAGAACUCGGCGCGCAGGUGUACCAGUUUCCGGCUGAUGAGAUCGCUGCGAUGCUGUCUCCCAAGCGUCUCCAACGACAGUGGAAGGGAACGGAAGGCCCCCAUCACCUCGCUCACUUUGACUGUCUUGUGAACUCUGACGCUGUCUCCCUCGCUUUGUCCUCGCAAAGUAACUUGGCAACGAUGUACAGAUCUGAGUCCUUGACUGAAAGAGACCACUACGAACCUCUCGCCAAGUACCUCAAUGCACGCCUGAAACGCGUGCGCAAAGCCUGUCGAGUAAUCUUGGAUUCCAAGGCAGAGGUCUGUGUGGGCGAGACGUCCUUUCCUGCCCUGAAAGACGAAUCCCGAUUGCUUCCCGAGCUAAAUUUCUACGAAUACGACAGGAGCACUUUCGACGGUAUCGAAGGGGCAAAUCUUCUCAACCCUGACCUUGUCGGGAUCAACACACUGCAAGCUUCGAGCACGGAGUUGGACUGCUGCUGGCAAUCGACGUUCGACGACCAUGGUCCCAACCGUCACUUGCAGCAGAUCCAGAUCGCCGUUGGCGUCAAACGUAUCUGGAGCGAGCUGAUUCCGCACGCCGCUGCAUAUGCCCAUGCGCAGCUAAGCGUGAACCCGAUGCGCUCGUUCUCUGUCGUCAUUGCCUUCAAUCACGUCGAACGGCAACUGCGCUUUCUCAUCUUCCAUCGUGGAGGACUGACGGCCUCGGUCGGGCUGGAUGUCACGGACGCUUCCACCUGCGCCGCUGUCGAGAAAGUCUUUCUUUCGAUCGCUCUCUGGUCGUGUCGGGAGGACGCUGGCCUUCCUUCGUUCACGGAUGGCGUCCGAUUCGUUCUUCCCAAGAUGGACGGUGUCGGAAACGCUAAUGCGUGCUGUUUCGGUGUGAUGAAGACAGUGCUGGAUGCAAGACACUCGAUUCGGGGCCGGAACACUCUUGUUGGAGCUGUCGCUGUCAAUGACUUGGGGUUUCCGUUUGAUACCCCAAAGCCCGGAGUCCAUCCCAGAGACAAGCAGGAAACCGGCAAGGUAAGCGGUAGAGAGAAGCAAGGGAAACCGUCAGCAGAGAAAUUAGAGCUCAUUACACCACGACCCUCGAAUGAUGAGCUGAAAUUACCUCAAGCCAUGCAAGCGCUCACAUCUAGCCCCCAGCAAGGGCCAGUGAAACACGUGAUUCUGAAGACUGGAUGGUAUCCUUCGCACAGAGCUGAGAUCGGAGGGAAGAUGCUGCACGUCUGUCCGGAUACAUUCGGUACUGCUGGACAUGUGCUAUCCUUCAUCCCAUGUAGUGAGGAGGACGUCCCUCUCACCAACGACAUCUUCCUUCCCGAGCCGGAUCAAAUGACAGAUUGUCUCUGGCAGUAUCGAAACGCGACUUCUCAAGUAGCCGACAAAUCCCUUGACCAUCGGACGAUGUGUGUGCACAUCACGACCAGCGAGGGGAAACGCCUCGAGACCUGCAAGACUCCCUGGGACCUCGUUAUCUCUGUUGUCCAUGGCAUGCUUGGCUGGCUUUCUCUGUUUCAGGCGGGUUUUCUUCAUCGGAAUGUCAGCAUCGUCAAUCUGCUGCGUUUGGAUCCACCCUUGCAUCGACCGAAAUUCACGACCACAGUCAUCGAACGAGUGCUGCGGGACAUGUCUGCCGAUUUCUCUGUCUUUGAAAAGCAGUCGGAGUUUGUUGUGGACCUCGGAUCCCGUCUUGAUCGCCUCGACCUUCCGGCUGAUGCCCCUCUUCCUGAAUUCGCCUCUCUCCUGCUGUCGCACCGAAACGAGCCAGCUAAGCACAAAUUGGCUGAGCUGGCUCACGCUGUGCAAAUGGCUGUCGGCGAGCUGGACAUCGGGACAGAGUGCCGGGGUAUGAUCAUCGAUGGCGAUCAGGCAUGCGAGCUGAAGGAUUACUUCCGAAGCGACCACAGUCGAGGCACCAUCUCGGGCACACGCCGAUUCAUGUCGACAACUCUUAGAAUGGCUCUUCAAGAUGGUACACCCUAUUUGCAAUCCCCUGUCGAUGACCACGAGUCUGCGUUCUGGACUGGCCUUUCUGCGCUCUUGCAAGGCCAUGCUGACAAAGACUCGAAAAUCGAGGUCGAGUGGGCGAUCAAUCUGGCCUCUGACAAUGUCGAUAUUCGGGAAGCCGUGAUAGGUCCGCGUAAGCUGGGCGCACUACCGCGCUUGCUUAGGUCUCAGACAAGCAAUCCGUUUAUCCUUACAAUGGCCCCAUUCUUCCAAGAAUGGUAUAAACAGAUCGUAGAGGCGCGGGACGACUGGGCUGGUGCUAUAAUGGAUGUCAAUGAUCGUACUGGCGGUGAUCAGCCGACAGCUGACGACAAGGAACUGCGUGGCUCCCUCCAUGCUGUCCAUUUCCAAGAGUGUGCGUAUCGGGGCGUCCUCACGCUCCUGCGCGUCGCCAAGAAACAUCGGGCUUCACUUCAAUCGUACGGCACAGAGGACAGAACAUAGGUGUAGGAGAUUUUUCAGCUGUGUGUAGUACAAGAGAUUUCAUAAAUACGAUAGUGUUCCGAGCUGCAGCAAGGUCUCAAAUUCAAGCUG